CGCGUUCAUUAGUGGGAGGUUCGCGUUUCUUUCGUGUCGUACGUGACGAAGGAGUAUAGCAGUGUGGGAGUACCCGAUUAUCGGUACGGGCAAGUCAUACGAUCAUUGUGUAGUAAGCGGCUUGAGCUCAAACUUGCAUGGCACCAACUCCCCUGUCUUCACCAACGACGUCCAGGCUUGUGUACACGCUCUUUUCACUUGCGUCGCAUUCCUUUCAUCUUUCCCGUUCGGAUUCUUCCAAUAUCUUACUCAAACGGUCUGAUACCGGCGGAUUCGACAAGCACAGCACCGAAGAUGUCAUUUUCGCAGUGCUCAUCCCAGUACUCGUCCUUCUAUCAGGUCUCUUCGCUGGAUUGACCCUCGGCUAUAUGAGUCUUGACCAGACACAGCUCAAUGUGCUAAGCAUCAGUGGCACGCCCGAGCAGCGCAAGUAUGCCAACCAGAUAAAGCCUAUUCGUAAAAAUGGUCAUUUACUGCUCGUCACGCUACUCUUAGCCAACAUGAUUGUCAAUGAGACCCUGCCCGUCAUUGCCGAUCCAGUACUGGGAGGUGGGAUACAGAGCGUCGCCGUCAGCACUGUGCUUAUCGUCAUCUUCGCCGAAAUCAUCCCCCAAUCCUUGUUUACUCGCCAUGGUCUCUAUCUUGGUGCCAAAGGCGCAGGGCUGACCAAGUGUCUAAUUUACGUCAUGGGCAUUGUUGCGUGGCCUGUAGCCAAGCUCCUUGACUGGGUCCUGGGCUCCAAUCACGGUAUCAUCUACCGCAGAGUCGAAUUGAAAGAACUCAUCGCCAUGCACGCUUCCCAGUCCCACCACGGCGGAGACCUUAAAUCCGAUACCGUGACCAUUAUCGGGGCCACGCUCGACCUACAAGAAAAGGAUGUCAAACAGGCUAUGACACCUAUUUCCGACGUUUUCAUGCUCUCUAUCGAUGCUCAGUUGGAUUACGACCUUUUGACUAAAAUCGUAGAAACUGGACAUAGUCGCGUACCCGUGUAUGAAGAGGUAGACCUUCCGGCUGCUGCCUCUCCCGAGGGCGAGUCCCAGAGAGUCAAGAAGAUCAUCGGUAUCCUCCUUGUGAAGCAAUGCGUUUUGCUUGACCCGAAAGAGUGCAUACCUAUACGGACGCUUCAGCUGAACCGCGUCAUGUUCGUGCCCAAUAACGAAUCUUUGUUAGGUAUCCUAGACAAGUUUCAGGAGGGACGAUCGCAUAUGGCUAUCGUGAGCCGAUUCAGUGUGGAGAAAGCUCAGAGCGUGAAGAAAGCCGUUACGGGGAAGAGAGGCUUAACACGGCGGUUUUUGGAGAGAGUUGGGAUGGGAGACAGCAGUGAGGAGAGUGGCGAGGAGGUUGAUAACCACAGUGGAGCAGAUGAGACGUUGAGAGGAGAUACCUUAAAGGGAGAUGGUGUUUUGGAGAAGGAUUUUGCAACGGAAGAAGCGGGGAAGAAGGGACAAGGAGGCAGAAAGAAGCGCAAGAACCUAAAUGAGGACGUCGAGUUGGGCAAUCUAGAAAACAAGAAGGGAUUGACCAGUAUGCUCGCUCUGGAGCAGGCCAUGCCAGCUGAUGCUGUUUUAGCCAAAGAACGAGCGGAAGAGUUCCUUAAAGGCUUCGACCCCGCUAUUAUGCCCCUAGGAAUUAUUACGCUUGAAGACGUACUUGAAGAACUCAUUGGAGAAGAGAUCUACGACGAAUUUGAUCCUGAAGGUGCACAUGGAGAGCCAUAUAUACAUCAAAGUCCUCCUACUGCAGAACCAGCAGCUCCAAUGCCUCUCGCACAACCAAUUCCGCUCUCAGCGAACAAAUCGUUAGCAACAAUGAAAGGCCUCUCCUUCCUAAGACCCAGGAGUGCGCCACCGCGUGAUCGUAACCCUAAUUCAAAACCGGCCACAGAAGAAGCGGUUUUGGAGAAAGAGAAAGAUGUUCUUGGCGCUCCGGUCAUGGUAGUUACGGCGCCCCCACCUAUGGAGCAGGAGAAACAAUCGGCCGCAACGCUGGAAGCUAUUUUGUUGGAUAGGAAACGUAGGUUAGCUCGUGAGGGGACUAGCUCGUCGGCUAGGAUUACCAAGGGCAAAUUCAAGAGCUCGCCGAUCAACAAUACAAAUUCGGGCCCGAGUGGCAGUGCUGGUGGUAGCACAGUAGGAGGAUCCGGAACCGUUUUUGCAAACAACAGUGAAACGAAUGUGGAGCUUUCAAGUUGUGGUGGGGAUACCGAUGUGGAUGAUAAAUAACAUUGAGGGAAUAUUUGGCUUCUUGAAGUGUUUUGUUGACUCCCCUUCCGAACGUAUGCUAUGCUUUCUUUUUCAUGCUAUGCUUUCUUUUUCGCUUUUCAUGUACGUUUAUCGGGUUUCCCGCAUCUUGUAGCACACGACUGUCAGAUAGUAGUACUAGGAUAGUCCUCUUGGUCGAGCGAUUGUAUAUGCCACUUGCUCUUUUCUUAUUUAAGUAAAGCGGUUCUGAGGCUUGGAGCAAAGUAGGACCACAAGGUUGGGACGCGGAGGUCCAGAGACGCGAGCUGAGGAACGGAACGGAAGGCUAGCUCCUUGCAAACAGCUUCUCUUUACCUGUACUAUACCACUAAAGGCAAUG